UCUUGAUUGUAUAUUGCUGUUGCGGAUUAAUUGCUAGAGCAAUAUGCAAAAGCCUCAGCUCAGGAUGGAAAUUCUACUUAGUUGAGGAGCAUUACAUAAAAAGAAGAUGAGUCUUUGUAGACCUUACCCAUUAAAGCUUUAGCGCUAGGUAAUUCAGUAAGUCUUCUACUGAGUUUAAUAUCAUCUUCCCAUCUCAGAGCUGACAAAAUCUCCCCAUCUCAGGUUUUAACCAAUUUCUGUUCGAGAUUUGCAUAUUGUUUACCAAUUAAUGGUGCUUUUUUCAAUCUCUCGGUCCCUUUCAUCAUCAGUUCGCUUCCAAAACCCCAAAGUCUCGAUAGUACAGUUUAGUGUAGCCUCGGGAGAUAUACUCAAUCACUUGCAAGAAAAUAGUGGCAAUGUGGAGAAAACCCUAUCUACGUUUAAGGGACCACUGGAUUCCAAAUUUGUGAGCGGGGUCCUACACAGAUGCUAUCCUAGCCAGUCUCAUACGGGUCUCCGGUUUUUUAUAUGGGCUGGUCUUCAAUCAGAUUAUAGGCAUACUCCUUACAUGUAUAACAAAGCUUGUAAAUUGUUUAGCAUUAGUCAGAAUCCGAAACUUCUUUUUGAAGUUAUUGAGGCUUACAGGGCUGAGAGAUGUUCUGUUACCGUUAAGACUUUUAAGGUUGUCUUGAAUUUGUACAAACAAGCGAAACUUGCAGAUGAGGCAUUGUUGGUAUUGAGGAAAAUGCCGGAAUUUGGUUUGAGAGCAGAUACUACUAUGUAUAAUUUGGUUAUAAGGUUGUUUUGCGUAAAGGGUGAUAUGAAUACAGCUGAAACUUUGAUGAAAGAAAUGGGUUUGAUUGAUCUUUAUCCAGAUAUGAUCACUUAUGUUGAAAUGGCUAAAGGGUUUUGCAGUGUAGGUCGAUUGGAUGAUGCAUUUCGAUUGUUUGAGGUUAUGAAGGAACAUGGUUGUUUGCCCGAUAAGGUUUUGUACUCUGUUCUUCUUCAUGGGAUCUGUAAAUUCGGGAAUAUGGAGAAAGCCCUUGAGUUGCUAGAUGAAAUGGAGAAAGAAGGUGGAAGUUGCAGUCCUAAUGUAGUAACGUAUACGUCUAUUAUUCAAAGGUUUUGCGAGAAAGGUCAGACAUUGGAAGCACUGGAGGUUCUUAAUCGAAUGGAAGCUCGUAACUGCUCUCCAAAUCGUGUAACAGCUAGUUGUUUGAUCGAGCGUUUUUGUUUGGAGGGUCGACUUAAUGAGGCCUAUAAAUUGAUUGAUAAGGUUGUUAAGGGAGGCGGUGUUUCUUACGAAGAAUGCUAUAGUUCUCUCGUGGUGUCGUUGAAACGAAAUAAACGGACAGAGGAGGCUGAGAAGCUGUUUAGGAAAAUGCUCGACGGUGGGUUGAAACCAGACGGUUUGGCCUGCAGCAUUAUGAUAAAGGAGCUUGCUUUGGGUGGUCGAGUUGUAGAUGGAUAUGAGUUGUGUGAUGAAAUUGAGAAGAUGGGAUACUUGACUUCCAUUGAUUCUGAUUUAUAUUCUCUGCUUUUGGUGGGACUUUGUGAAAGAAAUCACUCAGUGGAGGCUGUGAAACUGGUAAAACUAAUGCUCGUGAAAAGAAUUAAGCUUAAAUCUCCUUACAUUGACAGUAUAGUUGAAAUCCUUAAGAAGUCUAGAGAUGAGGAGUUAGUUAACCAUUUAACUGAAAAUUUGAAAAGUUUUAUACCUAAAGUAAUUAUUGAUUCUUCAAAUUGAAUCACUAGUUAAAAAGACUAAGGUAGUUGAGCUGAGUGUUUAGUAUUUGUUUGUUUAUUCAAGCAAAAUAUAAAAAGGACAGGUUCUUGUUUCAUUGAAUCAGAUCUAUUUCUCAUCAUCAUAUCAUUGGAAUUUGGAAGCUCUUCUUAAGAAAAAAUAAUGAAAAUAAUGUAUUGUGAGUUUUAA